GCUUGCUAGCCGGCUAACCAACCGAUACUUACUCACGUGUACCGCGAACCACCUUGUCUGAGGAAACUUGUUCUCAUUCGCGAUCUACCCCUUCGUCGGUUCGGUCCAGUUUCCCUAUUUUGUGCUUUUGUAAACGCGUCACAUUUAGCUGGAGUACAGUUCCUUCGGAAGUGUUUGAACGGUGUCAAUUAAGUGCCAUUUGAAGCCACAGGUGUUCGUUUCUGCUGUUGGUGGUGAUAAUUUAGAAAACCGAUCAUUCGUUUUCUCUGAACCAGAAGGGGAGCCGACCAAUUUUUCAUCUGUGGGGCGUACCAUUGUAUGACCCAUCGUCCCGUCAGUGCAAUGUCGCGUCAAGAAUCUGAAAUGAUCAACCGCAGCCGCCGGGCUCUGUCGUCCGGUACGUUGACGGAUUCGAUUGAGAAGCUACGUCACAUGUGCCUUGCCCGCGGUGCUUCGGGAAUUCUUGGACUUGGGCGGUGCUUCCGCCGCAUGGACGACGACGGAAACAAAGCUCUCAAUCAGGAGGAGUUCAUCAAGGGUUUGCUCGACACCGGACUGGACAUCACGAACGAGGAAGCUACCGAGAUGUUCAACAAGUUCGAUACCGACGGGAGCGGAUCAAUCAAUAUGACCGAGUUUUUGAUAGCAAUCCGUCCAAAUAUGUCCGAAUCUAGGAAGAAUAUUGUGACCCAAGCAUUUGCGAAGCUGGAUAAAACUGGUGAUGGGGCAAUUACCAUCGAGGACUUGAAGAACGUCUACUCGGUCAAGAACCAUCCGUUGUACAUCAGUGGUGAGGAGACGGAGGAUGUCAUCCUAAGGAAAUUCUUGGCCAAUUUCGAGGAGAACGGAAACGUCGAUGGAACCGUCACCAAAGAGGAGUUCCUCAACUAUUACGCUGGUCUCAGCGCUUCGAUCGAUUCAGAUGCCUAUUUCGAUUUGAUGGUUCGCCAGGCCUACAAGCUAUAAGAUGGCUCCCGGAAGUGGUAUCACAAGUCGUUACAAAAUGCAACAAUAUUAAAUAUUACUAUUUAUUAAUUUAAUUAUGUUUGUUAAGUUACGUAGAAUGUGCAGCAUAUUACCAAAAAGUUUCAAAAAAAAUAUUUAAAAUGGACGUGGGACAAAUCCGAGCUCCAUUUUCUGCUAAUUUUGCAUACUGCCUUCUCAUAUUUGAACAAGUAGUGUUUCAAAAAUAAUAACUAAUCGUUCACUAGGAUUACUAUUGAAAACAAAAGAUUUUUAAAAUGUGACAAUUGAACCACGCGAGAUCUGUGACAAUGCAAGAAUUAAAAAAAUGUUCUCAAAAAUAUAGAAGCGGGCUGAGUCUAUUUGAAAGAAAUAAAACCAAAUUAUUACGUAUAUAAUA